AUGUUCGCCACGAAGCGCCUGAGCAAGCUGAAAGAACACAUCCCACCUGGCAUCUCAAUCGCCAAAUCCGACAACCUCGAAGAAUGGCAAAUGGACAUCAAAGUCCUAGACGACAACCCGCUCUACCAGAACCAAACCUAUCGCUUGAAGUUCACCUUCGGAAAGAAAUAUCCAAUCGAACCCCCCGAGGUCCAAUUCAUAACCGCCACCACCGCUUCCACCUCCACCUCGCCCUCCGAAUCAAACAGCAACACCGAGCACAACACACCCCGCGCCAUCCCCAUGCACCCGCACAUCUACAGCAACGGGAUCAUCUGUCUUGACCUCCUCAGCAGCGCGGGCUGGUCGCCAGUGCAGACGGUGGAGAGUGUGUGCAUGAGUAUUCAGAGCAUGCUUACUGCGAACACGAAGAACGAGCGCCCGCCGGGGGACGCAGAGUUUGUGAAUUAUAAUCGGCGCCGUAUUCGGGAUAUUCCGUUUGUUUAUGAGGAUGAUAACGUAUAA